AGGCGCUGUUAAAAGACUCCCAAUCACUUCCUGCCCUUUGAAAACUCAGAAAAUUGCCCUUCAGACUCUGGAUAGCCACACAUCACAACUAAAACUUUGCUUGAAUGUUUACAUUUUGUGCUUGCUAUCCUGGAUCUCUCUUACUAGUAUCUAGACUUUGUUAAAUUGGAAGAAAGUGGAGGCUUGAACUUCCUACCAAACCAGCAUGGCUAGGAUUCGCUUUGCCUUAGUAGCUUGCCAUUUGGUGCUGGAGUUGCUAGUGAAUUCAUUAACUGAGUCUUCCAUGCAGAGUAAUGAAUGUCCACAACUUUGUGUAUGUGAAAUCAGGCCAUGGUUCACUCCGCAAUCCACAUACAGAGAGGCCACAACAGUGGACUGCAAUGAUCUCCGCUUAACAAGAAUUCCCAGCAACCUUUCAGGUGAUACGCAAGUUCUCCUCUUACAGAGCAACAACAUUGCCAAGACCUCCGAUGAGCUCCAGCAGCUUUUCAACUUGACAGAGUUGGAUUUUUCACAGAACAAUUUUACAAGUAUACGGGAAGUGGGAUUGGCCAAUCUCACCCAGCUCACUACCCUCCAUCUGGAGGAAAAUCAGAUCACAGAGAUGACUGAUUACUGUCUGCAGGACCUUAGCAACCUGCAAGAACUCUAUAUAAACCAUAACCAGAUCAGCAGCAUUUCUGCUAAUGCCUUUUCAGGGCUCAAGAAUCUUCUGAGGCUCCACCUCAAUUCCAACAAAUUGAAAGUGAUUGAUAGUCGCUGGUUUGAUUCGACACCUAACCUGGAAAUCCUGAUGAUUGGGGAAAAUCCAGUGAUUGGCAUCUUAGAUAUGAAUUUUAAGCCCCUUUCAAAUUUACGCAGCUUGGUUUUGGCAGGAAUGUAUCUCACUGACAUCCCUGGAAAUGCCUUAGUGGGCUUGGACAGCCUUGAGAGUCUUUCUUUUUAUGACAACAAAUUGGUUACUGUCCCUCAACUUGCGCUUCAGAAAGUUCCAAACUUGAAAUUUCUAGACCUCAACAAAAACCCAAUUCACAAAAUCCAGGAAGGGGACUUUAGAAAUAUGCUAAGGUUAAAAGAACUUGGCAUCAACAAUAUGGGGGAACUGGUAUCAGUGGAUCGCUAUGCGCUGGACAAUCUGCCUGAGCUUACAAAACUCGAAGCCACCAAUAAUCCCAAACUGUCUUACAUUCAUCGCUUAGCUUUUCGCAAUGUCCCGGCUCUUGAAAGCCUGAUGCUCAACAACAAUGCCUUGAAUGCUGUUUACCAAAAGACAGUCGAAUCUCUUCCUAACCUGCGUGAGAUCAGCAUUCACAGCAAUCCUCUGAGAUGUGACUGCGUCAUCCACUGGGUUAACUCCAACAAAACCAAUAUCCGAUUCAUGGAGCCCCUGUCCAUGUUUUGUGCCAUGCCACCUGAAUAUAGGGGGCAGCAGGUAAAGGAAGUUUUAAUUCAGGACUCAAGUGAACAGUGCCUCCCUAUGAUUUCUCAUGACACAUUUCCAAAUCAUUUGAACAUGGACAUUGGCAUGACGGUAUUCCUAGAUUGUCGAGCCAUGGCAGAACCUGAGCCCGAAAUUUACUGGGUAACGCCACUUGGAAAUAAAAUAACAGUGGAAACUCUUUCAGACAAGUAUAAGCUGAGCAAUGAAGGCACUUUGGAAAUCACUAGUAUACAGAUAGAAGACUCAGGGAGAUAUACUUGUGUUGCCCAAAAUGUAGAAGGGGCAGAUACACGGGUAGCUACAAUAAGGGUCAAUGGAACCCUUUUGGAUGGUACUCAGGUGCUGAAAAUCUAUGUCAAACAGACAGAAUCUCAUUCCAUCUUAGUCUCCUGGAAGGUUAAUUCCAAUGUCAUGACUUCAAACUUAAAAUGGUCAUCUGCCACGAUGAAAAUCGAUAACCCCCAUAUCACGUACACUGCCAGAGUCCCUGUGGAUGUUCACGAAUACAACUUAACACACCUUCAGCCAUCCACUGAUUAUGAAGUAUGUCUCACGGUGUCCAACAUUCAUCAACAGACUCAAAAGUCUUGUGUUAACGUCACCACAAAGAAUGCUGCAUUUGCACUUGACAUUUCAGAUCAGGAAACUAGCACUGCCCUGGCAGCAGUCAUGGGGUCAAUGUUUGCAGUGAUUAGCCUGGCCUCCAUUGCAGUUUAUGUAGCCAAACGGUUUAAGAGGAAAAACUACCACCAUUCAUUAAAAAAAUAUAUGCAAAAAACCUCUUCUAUUCCCCUGAAUGAGCUGUAUCCUCCACUAAUUAACCUUUGGGAUGGUGACAGUGAAAAAGACAAAGACGGUUCUGCAGAAACCAAGCCAACUCAAGUUGACACAUCCAGAAGCUAUUACAUGUGGUAACUCAGUGGAUAUUUUGCUUCUGGUAGUAAGGAGCACAAAGACGUUUUUGCUUUAUUCUGCAAAAGUAACAAAGUUUGAAGACUUUUGUAUUUUUUGACUUUGCUAGUUUGUGGCAGAGUGGUGAGGACGGGUGGAUAUUUCCAAAUUUUUUAGUAUAGCGUAUCGCCAUGGUUUGACACAAGUGGCGGCUUCUCCAAGCUUCCAGUUUGUGUUUGGUUUUUAUUAUUAUUAUUAUUAU